AUGAGUCGCUUCGCAGCGGGCUAUGUGCUUCCUGCCCUGUUCUUCUCAUCCGCUCGAGCACAGGAUUCGAAUGCUCCCCCGUCGGCAGCAGUGGAUCUCAGCUGGCAUGCGCCGAAUCAAACAUGGAUAAAUGAUAUCACGCAAGUAGUGAAUGGAUCAGGGACAUACGGAUUCCAUUUUGGAGGGUCGACAUUGCCGGCGGAUGUCAAGUAUGGAACGUACAAUUGGUGUAAUAUGCCGCAUGUGAGAGAGGAUAUGUAUCCAGACCCGCCAAAGGGAUAUGAGCUGACAUACGUGGAAUUGAUCCACCGUCACCAUAAGCGCACCCCUUAUGCGAACAACACCUUCCCGCGGGAAGGCUACUCCUGGGAAUGCACCGACGAAGGCCUCUCCUACUAUGGUAGCCCCCUCAACCCCCAAAACCCCAACCCGGCGCAAACUUACUGGUUCGUCCACACCUCCGAAGUCAAUCCUUUCGCGCCAAAGGGGUUCAACGGAAGCUGUCAAUUCCCUCAGAUCACCCGUGCUGGUCUCGAGGACUCCUGGCAACAUGGAAAGGAUCUCUACCAGGUCUACCAUUCCCGCCUCCAUGGCUUCCCUGCGGAACCGGACGAGAAAGUCUCGUUUCGGGUCACGAGCAAUGCCAUCACGAGUCAAGUGGCCGGGAUGGUGAUAUCUGGCAUGUUUCCUGCGAUAUGGGAUGGGAGAUAUCCGGUGAACAUCCAACCCUCCUCGAUUGACUCGCUCGAGCCAGCGUACUCCUGUCCUGCGUCCAACCAGAUCUCCGGACAAUAUGGUGCUGGCAGCAGCAACCCAGCCUGGACUGGGCAUUUAUCGGCAACUGCCGAUCUUUUUAGAUCCCUGGACGUGGUUUCGGGGGUAUCCUCCAGUGACUCGGAAUGGCAUCGCUCUUUUGACCACUAUUACGACAACCUCUCCACACGCCAAUGUCAUCAAAAGCCGCUUCCGUGCAAAAUUGGAAGCGAGAUGGAGUGCGUGACGCAGGCGCAAGCCAACGAGGUAUAUCGACUCGGCCAGUACGAAUACUCAUACCUCUAUCGGGACUCCCCAGAGUCGCUGGAGGUGGCAAAGCGGUCGUAUGGCGUGUGGGUCGCGGAGUUGGCGAGAAACAUGCGGGAUCACGUCGCUGGAGUUAAACCGGUGGUCUAUAUGCAUAACAUCGCGCAUGACGGAUCAGUGUCGCUACUUUUGGCGAUUCUACAAAUUGAUGUGAUGGCCUGGCCGGGGAUGGGUGCCGAGGUGGUGUUUGAGAUGUAUAAGAACGGAGAUCAGGAUAAGAGGUAUGUGAGGGUGCUGUUUGGAGGACAGGUGCUCACGAGCUCGAACCCCUCAUUAGGAGAAAUGGAUAUGAUCGAGUUGGAUAUCUUGCUCGACUAUUUUGAUGGUCUGGUCGGGGCUAAUGCGGCGAUGGUGCCAACUUUGUGUGCGAAUGAAUAG